AUGGUUUGUUUUAAAACGCAGAACAGUAGCAGAAUAAGGCAUGAUGUUGAAUCUACGCAGAACAACACAUUGAUUGACUCAGUAGAAGUUCCCGAAAGGAAACCUAAUUCGGUUGGAGCAUCGGAGCAAAGGGUAGCUCAUACGGCAGCGGUCGAUAAUUCUGAACAUUCUUCGCAUUGCGUUUCGACACCCAAGGUAUUAUUGGCAACGGUGAUGGUAACGGUACAAGACGAAGCGGGAUACCAUACUACUGCAAGGGCAUUGUUAGAUUCGGGAUCUCAAUGCAAUUUCAUUUCUCGUCGGCUUUGUCAACAAUUCAAGCUACAACAAAACAAGGUACAAGUUCCUGUAGUUGGAAUUGGUCAAUCAGAAAUAUUGGCCAAAUACGAAGUACAGUUGACUGUUUCAUCCAGAACAAGGAACUUUUCGCGAUCACUGCCAUUACUAGUGCUCCCGAAAAUUACGGUGAAGCUUCCAAUUUCGGAUAUCGAUGUUGCCGAUUGGAAAAUCCCCAACUACAUAUGGCUUGCAGAUAUAGAAUUUAAUCGAUCAAAUCCAAUUGAUUUGAUAUUAGGCGGAGGCUCAUUUUUCGAAAUAUUCAAUACUGGAAAGCUCAUGGGAUUGGGCGACGGCUUACCAAAUCUGGAUGAUUCCGUCUUCGGCUGGGUAGUGGCCGGAGAAUAUACAAAAAUAUCAUACAACUCUCCUAGGGUUUGUAACAUAGCUGCAACUACACCUUUGGAGGAACUUCUUCCCAGAUUUUGGUCCUGUGAAGAAAUCCAAUGUAGUAAUAAUAUGUCGCCGCAGGAGAUACGAUGUGAAAGACAAUUUACAAGAACAACCCAACGAGAAGUCGAUGGAAGGUAUAUCGUGACCUUACCGAAGAAUGAACAAGUUAUGACGAAACUGGGAGAGUCCAAGGAAAUUGCAUUGAACAGGUUAUUUGCAUUGGAACGGCGCUUGAAUAAUAAUCCGAUACUGAAGGAAAGAUACGACGAGUUUUUGAAGGAAUAUUUAUGUUUGGGACAUAUGAAAAAGGUUGAUAUCAAUGCAGAUUCCCAUCACAAACGCCUUUACUUGCCACAUCAUCCUGUCGUAAAAGAGAAUAGUACCACUACUAAAGUCAGAGUAGUGUUUGACGCAUCCUGUAAGACUAACACUGGUGUCUCCUUAAACGAUUGUUUGAUAGCCGGACCAGUUAUUCAGGACGACCUUCGUUCAAUAAUAUUUCGAAGUCGAACGCGGCAGGUUUUGAUCGCAGCGGAUGACAGGUGGUUGCAAAACAUACUAUGGCGAUUUGAUUCCAACGAUACUCCAUCGACGUACGAACUGAUUACAGUAACAUACGGAACCAAGUCUGCGCCUUAUUAA